ACUUCACUACUUCAGCACACACUGAACUUGUUGCAAAGAGAGACAUAUAGUAUAUAGUUAGUAGCUUAAUUUGCAGCGCUAAUAAGCUCUAGCUUUCUCUUCUUCCUAGCAAAUUAUAAUUAACACUAGGUUCUAGCUAGCAUGGGUGUCGAGAAGACGACGGCGAACGGCGGCAGUGGCGCCGCGGCGGUCUCCGGCGGAGGGCGCACCGUCUGCGUCACCGGCGCCGGCGGGUUCAUCGCGUCGUGGCUCGUCAAGCUCCUCCUCGAGAAGGGCUACGCCGUCCGCGGCACCGUUCGGAACCCUGAUGACGCUGCCAAGAACGCGCAUCUCAUGGCGCUGGCCGGUGCCGCGGAGCGGCUGACCCUCGUCCGGGCGGAGCUGCUCGACAAGGAGAGCCUCGCCGCCGCGUUCGCCGGCUGCGAGGGCGUCUUCCACACCGCCUCCCCCAUCACCGACGACCCGGAGAAGAUGAUCGAGCCGGCGGUGAGCGGGGCGAGGAACGUGAUCACCGCGGCGGCGGACGCGGGCGGCGUCCGCCGCGUGGUGAUGACGUCGUCGAUCGGCGCCGUGUACAUGGGCGGCGGCGGCGGCGAGGAGGUGGACGAGACGUGCUGGAGCGACCUCGACCACUGCAGGGACACCGGAAACUGGUACUGCUACGCCAAGACGGUGGCGGAGCAGGCGGCGUGGGAGCUCGCCAAGGAGCGGCGGCUGGACCUCGUCGUCGUCAACCCGUCGCUGGUGCUCGGCCCGCUGCUGCAGCGCGGGGUGAACGCCAGCACGUGGCACGUGCUCAAGUACCUGGACGGCUCGGCGCGCACCUACGCCGACGCGGCGCAGGCGUACGUGCACGUCCGCGACGUCGCGGACGCGCACGCGCGCGCCUACGAGUCCCCCGCCGCGCGCGGCCGCUACCUCUGCGCCGGCCGCACGCUGCACCGCGGCGAGGUGUGCCGCAUCCUGGCCGCCCUCUUCCCGGGGUACCCGGUGCCCACCAGGUGCAAGGGCGACGCCGGCGAGACGGCCGAGGGGUGCCGGUUCAGCAGCCGCAAGCUGGCGGAGCUCGGUGUCGCCGUCAUGCCGGCGAGCCAGUGCCUGUACGACACCGUCGUCAGCCUCCAGGACAAGGGCCUGCUUCCCUUCGUCCCUGCCGCCGCCAUGCCGUGAGCUAGCGAUCGCCGGCGCGCCGCUUUUGUUUUACAUACCGCUCCGGCCGGCCGAUGAUGACCACGGCGACGUGUCGCCACCGGCUGGCCUGCGUGCGUACGUGCCUGUAUGUUCGUCGGAAGAUCAGAAGUUGUACAACUGUAUUUCUCCUAAGGGCCGGUCCUUUUCGGAGCACCUAUAAAUCGGGCACCGAUUAGUUUGUCAAAAAUAGCGUGCUGUUUCACUAAUUAAAAAAAAUGUUUCACCAACUAAA